UGCCGCGUCCAUGGGGUUUGUUUGAGAGCAGUCCACAGAGAUGGAGAGAUGCAUUCCACUUGGUGUUUACCCAAACCUUAAACAUUUGGAACUACUGCUUCCUCCACCUAAGAAUACUAAUUGGAAACUAAUUUCAACUUCAACAAUGGAAUAUUGAAUAAUUAUUGAUCAAGCAGCCUACUGUUUUCUCAUCAGGGAUUUCUUUAAGGUUGCUAUGGGAAUCUUAUGAUAAUCUGAGAGGAAGUAAGUCCUGAUAAUAUUGCAGUUAUUCAUCAUGUGCCUGGAGUGAAGAGGAAGGGAAACACUUCAUAUCUAAGUGCCAAGGCUCUGCUGUGUCAUGGCUACAGACUCUGGUGAAUCAGCCAGCACAGAAGAAUCAGAGAAACCUGAUGGAGUUUCUUUGGAAUGUGUGAAUCCUUCUGUUGAUGUUAUUUUGACCAUGGAGGCCAGGACCAAAGAGGGGCUUAGCACCCCUGCCUCUGGGGCAAUUGUAGAAAGAAAAAGAUUUUUCCGAAAAAGUGUGGAGAUAAUAGAGGAUGAAAAGGACUUGGAACUUACUCCACGGAAUGAGCAAGAACAAUUUAUCUUGGGUGAUCAGAGGAUGAUCCAUCUUUCUGCCAGUAUACUUGUGGCUGAGCAAGAAGCCAGAAAUGAGCAAAAUUCAAAGGUAAUUAUGGAAGCCGCGAAGGAAAGGACGAAGAAGGAGAUAGAAGAGGAGGCAGAGAUGAAGGCUGUGGCUACAUCACCUGGUGGAAGAUUUCUGAAAUUUGACAUUGAGUUGGGAAGAGGAGCUUUCAAAACUGUCUUCAAGGGUCUGGACACAGAAACCUGGGUAGAAGUUGCUUGGUGUGAACUGCAGGACAGGAAGCUGACCAAAGCAGAACAGCAAAGGUUUAAAGAAGAAGCUGAAAUGCUGAAGGGGCUACAACACCCCAACAUUGUCCGAUUUUAUGAUUCUUGGGAAUCAACUGUUAAAGGAAAGAAGUGUAUUGUAUUGGUAACUGAACUGAUGACAUCUGGAACACUGAAAACAUAUUUAAAGCGUUUCAAACUCAUGAAGCCAAAGGUGUUGAGGAGCUGGUGCCGACAGAUUUUAAAAGGGCUACAUUUUCUGCACACAAGGACUCCUCCUAUCAUCCAUCGUGAUUUGAAAUGUGACAACAUCUUCAUCACAGGACCUACUGGUUCAGUGAAGAUAGGGGACUUGGGACUUGCCACCUUAAUGCGCACUUCAUUUGCGAAGAGUGUUAUUGGAACUCCUGAAUUCAUGGCUCCUGAGAUGUAUGAAGAACAUUAUGAUGAGUCGGUGGAUGUCUAUGCUUUUGGAAUGUGCAUGUUAGAGAUGGCAACUUCUGAAUACCCAUAUUCUGAAUGUCAGAAUGCAGCUCAGAUCUACAGAAAAGUAACCAGUGGCAUUAAACCUGCUAGUUUUAAUAAGGUGACAGACCCAGAAGUAAAAGAGAUCAUUGAAUGUUGCAUUCAGCAGAACAAAUCUGAAAGGCUCUCCAUCAAAGAUCUCUUGAACCAUGCUUUCUUUGCGGAAGACACGGGACUCAGGGUGGAACUGGCAGAGGAGGAGGAGGAUGGGCUGCAUUCCUCUUUGGCUUUGAGGCUUUGGGUAGAAGAUCCCAAGAAGCUGAAAGGAAAGCACAAAGACAAUGAGGCAAUAGAGUUCAGUUUCAAUAUGGAAACAGAUAUCCCAGAGGAAGUGGCUUGCGAAAUGGUGAAGUCGGGAUUCUUCCAUGAAAGCGAUUCCAAAGCUGUGGCUAAAUCCAUCCGUGAUCGUGUCACCCUAAUCAAGAAGACUCGGGAGCAAAGGCAGGUGGGCAGCCUGGAGGAAAGGAGGGACUCGCAAAGUCAGCUUCCAAGUGGAUUGCCCUUACUUCAGCCGCAAGGCUCCUCAUUCACCCCACCUUCUCAGCAAAGCAAGACCGAGUGUGAGGAAACAGAGGUUGAUCAACAUGCCAGACAACAACACGUCCUUCAACAAAUGCAGCACAGUUUUUCCCUCACUGCUGACAACUUGUCUGAAACAGGAGCAGGAACAGUUAUACUGUCAGAUGCCUCUAGCCAACAUAAUCUGGCAUUUUCCACGGAACACAUGAUGGGUACUCAACAAGUCCCCAACCUCUCACAAACUGAAAAUAGCAGUGUUCAAGGGCACAUAUAUACUUCUCAACAGCUGAUGGGGCAUUAUCAGUCCAAUGCAGGGGUCCAGCCGGCAUUGCCAACAAAUAUGGCUCACCCUGGUGCUUUACCAUUAAUGCAGACUCAGACUUCUGGUCUACCUACUCACAAUUUGGCACCUCCUGCAACUCUCCAAGCCCAAACUUCUCCUCUUGCAGCUCAACAAUUCCCAGCAAGAAUGCCUCCAGAUUCACAGGUAUCCUACAGUGCAGAAAGUCAAGCUUUGGAUGGAUCCAUCAUGGGAGUUCCUCAGCAGAUAUUGACAAUAACUUCUCCUCAGAAUAUACCUGCCUCACAGGUGGGGAAUCAACACAUGCCAACAAGCAUACAGUUAACUUCUGCUGCUAGACUUGGUAGUCAGGCUACAGCUGCUGUGGGUUCGGUGGAAUUAGAGACUGCUCCUGCCAAUUUGGUAUCUGCCAGUCAGUCCCCUGUGCUACAUGGGCAGCCUUCAGUUCAAUUUGUCAACAACAUGCAAGUUCUUCAGUCAGUUCCACAAGGAGUUAGACUUAUUCAACAACCCAAGCAAGUUUCACAGCAGGUGCCAUCAACACAGCAAGUUCCUCAGCAGGUGGCAUCUAUGCAGCCAAGCCAGCAAAUGGUUCCACAGGUGACAUCAUCUUCACAGCAGGUUUCUCAGCAAAUUGCAGCUAUGCAGCAGAUUCCCCAGAAACUAAUGGCUAUGCAGCAGCCUCAGCAGGUAGCAUCUAUGCAGCCACCUCAACAAGGGGUGUCCUUGCAACAACCGCAGCAAAUUCACCAGCAAGGGAUGCCUAUACAGCAGUCUCAGCAAGUUCCUCAACAAGCGCCAUCUAUACAGCAAAGCCAAACUGUUCCACAUGUGGCUUCUACUCAGCAGAUUUUGGAGCAGCCUCAGAAAAUUUCCCAACAGGCAGCAUCCAUACACCAGCCUCCGCAAGUUCCUCAGCAAAUUCUCCAACAAGUGGCAUCAGCGCAGCAGCCCCAGCAGAAUCCUCAACAAGUAACAUCCACACAGCAGCCCCAUCUUAUUCCUCAGCAGGUUCCACAACAAGUGACAUCCAUACCGCAGUCACACCACAUCCCUCAGCAAGUUCAACAUCAGGUGACACCUUUACAGCAAUCACAACAAAGUCCUCAACAGACAGCAGCCAUGCCACAACCUCAACAGGUUCCACAGCAGGUGACGCCCAUGCAGCAGCAGCACAUUAUACAGCAGGUGACAGCCAUACAGCCAACACAACAAGGUCCUCCACAGGCAGCAUCUAUGCAGCAGCCACAGCAUAUUCAGCAAGUUCCACAGCAGAUGACACCCAUACAGCAACAACAACAACAAUGUCCUCAACAAGAGGCAUCUCUACAGCAGCCACAGCAUAUUUUUCAGCAAGUUCCACAGCAGAUGACACCCAUACAGCAACAACAACAAUGUCCUCAACAAGAGGCAUCUCUACAGCAGCCACAGCAUAUUUUUCAGCACGUUUCGCAACAGGUGACACCCAUACAACAGUCACAACAAGGUCCUCAGCAAGCAGCAUCCAUACAGCAACUGCAGCAUAUUCCUCAGCAGGUGACACCCAUACAGCAGCCACAACAAAGUGCUCAACAGGUUCCACAGCAGGUGAUACCCAUACAGCAACCACAACAAAGAUCUCAACAGGCCGUAUCCAUACAGCAGCCACAGCACAUUCCUCAGCAGGCUCCACAGCAGGUGGCACCCAUACAGCAACCACAAGUAUCUCAACAGGCAGCAUCCACACAGCAACUACAGCAUAUUCCUCAGCAGGUCCCUCAGCAGGUGACAUCCAUACAGCAACCACAACAUAUUCCCCAACAGGUGACGUCCAUACAGCACCCACAACAUAUUCCUCAGCAGGUCCCACAGCAGGUGACACCCGUACAGCAGCCACAACAAGGAUCUCAACAAGCAGCAUCCAUGCAACAUGUUCCCCACCAGGUGACACCCAUACAACAGCAACAGCUUAUUCCACAACAGGUGACACCUAUGCAGCAGCCACAGCAAAGCCCUCAACAGGUGGCCUCCAUACAACAGCCACAACAUAUUCUUCAUAUUCCGCAGCAGAUGACAUCCACACAGCAGCCACAGCAGGUUCCUCAACAGGCAACAACCAUGCAGCAUUCACAGCAAAUGGCAACUGUUCAGGCACAACAAGUGGCAUCUAUACAGCAGCCACAGCAAGUUCCACAGCAGAUGAUAUCUAUACAGCAGCCACAGCAAGGACACCCACAAGUUCCACAACAGGGGGCAUCCAUGACUCAACCCCAGCAUGCUCCUCAGCAAGUUCUCCAGCAGGGGAUGUCAAUGCAAAUGGCACCAGGACUGCAAUCUCAGCAAGUUCCCAAUCAGCAGAUUGGAUCCCUGCAGAUUCCACAGCAGGUAGCCUCCAUGCAGCAAGUUACACAGCAUGGGACCUCCUCCCAGCAACCUCAGCUGGUCCCCCAACAGGUGGCAUGUGGGCAGCCAACUUCACAAUCUCAACAUACUGUACCCGUUCAUCAGGUCUCCGCUGUACCACAACAAAUGACACUGAUGCAGCAGGUCUCACAGUGCCCAGAAAUAUCCCUAGAUACUUUGGGGCCUCAACAAGAGCAGCAAAUGACUCAGAUGCACCAUUCUACAAAUCAGCAUCCUUGUGUAAUGCAACAUACGUUAUUUCAUGUGCCUCCACAACAGCAGAAAGAAGAACAGUUUGUUCUCUCUUCUAAUUCCAAAGAUCAGUUGCCGGCUGUCUCUCAGCAAGACAUGGAAAAGCAUCAGCAAUCUGAAUUCUCAGGUUCAACUUCAGAAAAGGUGGCUUAUCCCACCCAGACCCAAUAUCAGCUGCAAAGCCAGGAACAAAUGAUAUAUGCAGCACAAUCUCCACACAACCCAUCCGUUUCAGAGCAGCUGCAACACCAGCUAGAGCCAACUAACCAGCUGCAGGGUCCAGAGCAAGCUGCAUGUCAGAUGCAUGUCACUUUUGCAGCACAGGGGUCAAAUCAGGCGCCUUGCACAGAGCCAUUGGUUUAUGCAGCUUCUGGAGUAUAUUCAGGACAUUCUUUGGACCAGUCAGCAUAUGUUUAUCAAGGGCAGGCAGCAUAUAUAACUCAACCAACAUAUAUGGCUCAACCUCCAGAGAUUCAGCAAGCUCAUUUAACAGUACGGAAUACUGAUCAGCCAGGUUUUGCCGUGCAUUCACCUGAUCAGUCAUUGCACCUGUCGAAUGAUGGAGAUGCUGGCAACAUGGAAUUGCAGAUCUGUUCAACACAAUCCACAAAAACCCAUCCUUACCCUUCUGAGCCACAUCUGCCUGAACCAUCAAUAUAUCUUAUCCAGCAAGAUUCUAGCUUGGGCCACCAGCAGCUGCACCCACCACAUGUGGCACAUAAAAUUCCAGAAGGACAACAGUCAGGGCCACAGGCACCUUUUGCUUCAACUCAGCCAUCUUUCACGCCACAAAUGAAACCACAACCUCCUUAUCAGGAGUUUAGCCAGCAACCUAUUACUCAGCCACACAAAGCCACAAUCCCUCAAUCUGCCCUUGUAUCAGAACAGCCAGAACAAGCUUAUACCAUGCAACAAUCUUUGGAUGCGCCAGGACUGUUGAAUCAUGCUCCUCUCCUCCAACAGUCUCAUGCAUUUCAACCAAUUGACAAUAACCAACAGUUUAUUUCUCCACCAGCACAAUCAACAUACAUUCAACAGCAGACAGUAUGUCCGAACUCAGUUUUAUCUGCAGAAUUGAUUGUCCAGGAGCAGAUGCCUAUGGCAGCUACUUUGAACCAGCAAACAGCAUUUACUGCUGUGAAUGAACCAAACCAAGAGUAUCAUCAAGGACAGGACAUUCCACAGGUUUCCAUCUCAGUAUCAGAUGAACCUGAGCAUCAGCCAGCAGUUCAAAAACAAGAGUCUAUUCAAGGCUUGGUACAGGACCUUCCAAAGGAAGGUGUGACUGGCUGUGACCUUCCAUGUGGAAAUGGCAAACAAGACAAGAGCAAACAGAGAAGGACCUCCUGUGCCCGACCAGAGAAGGGAACCAAAUUUCAACUCACAGUGCUGCAGGUAUCAACAUCUGGAGACAAUACUGUUGAGUGCCAACUUGAAACGCAUAACAACAAGAUGGUUACAUUUAAAUUUGAUGUUGAUGGAGAUGCUCCAGAGGACAUAGCUGAUUACAUGGUUGAAGAUAAUUUUGUAUUGGAAAAUGAGAAGGAUAAAUUUGUUGAUGAAUUGCGAGCUAUUGUUUGCCAGGCUCAAGACAUCAUUUCUAGUCUUCCUAUUGAAGAACGAGCCACUGGCAUGGAAUCUGCUCCUUCUGAUCCAAAUAACUGCCAAACAGGAUCUUCUGAACAAGUUCAGAUAAAUCCAGCAUCUACUCAAAGUGGCAGUGAUGCUGCUCCCCAGUCAUCCCCUGUUGGCCGCUGGAGGUUUUGCAUCAACCAAACAAUAAAGAACAGAGACACCCAGGCAUCUUAUAUCCCAGUACAGUCAAUGAAAACUAUUCAAGGAUGUCAGACAACAGAUUGCAUAAAGGAAAGUACAAAAGAAGAGACACCCAAAGAUUGUUCACAACCUGUGGACAAUCUUAGUAGCCAACAUAAGCCUAGCCCUUCUUUCAGUUCAGAGGAUUUGACAAGUGACAGUGUGAUGUCUGAACCCCAAAUUUUGGAACCUGAACAUUUAACCCUUUCUCAUGAAGCAGAAAGCAGCACGGAUAAAUUACUAUCUGCCUCUACAGGUGACAAUACUAGUGCUACUACUUACGAUUCAGAGGCUUGGCUGGACUCUUUGCCAGCAGAAACUCAGUCUAAUGGAGCUCCCCUAUCUUCAUAUGUACCUCAUCCGGCAUCUGUUGUGAAUGAGUUGAAUUUGUCCACAGAAGCCUUUGAUUCCACACUAAUGUCUUGUCAGACUUUGAUCACUGAGGAAGCAGAACAUGUAAUAAAUGCAGAGCAAGCAGCUGCUUUGGCGCAGACUCCGAGUCAGGAAGGAAUUUCCUCCACAUCCAUUCUGGAAUCAGACAGUGAGGGCCCCCCUAAGAUGGAUUUUGUUGACAACAACAUCAAAACUCUGGAUGAAAAGCUGCGGACACUUCUGUAUCAGGAGCACAGCUUGUCAGGCACUUCUCCUGAGAGCCAAAAAGACACACAGAGUGCAGCGGAGUCUCCAUUUUCCUCAUCUGCUGAAGAUACUUUUCCCUGCCCGGGACAUUCUGAAACACAAGACACUAAUUCCCCCCAAGAGACCGAUCCCCAAGCUGCUCUCAUUCUAUCCGCAAGUCAUCCUGAUAGCUUGCCAGUGGUGAGACAAGAGGCCAUGGUUAUUACCUCUGCUCCCAGGGAUCUCUGCAGUCAUGAGAUGUCCUUGGAGGCUUCAUUUCCUGAGAAUCCUGUGGCUUGUCCUGCUUCAGAAUCAAGUGGUGGAGCUGUGCACCUGCAUGCAGGAGCAGAGGAGAUGACUGCUGAUGUUGCUUCUGACUGGAUUUCUCUUUCUGAGCAAGCAACCAGAGAGAAUAAAGCAUUGGGUCAUUCUAAAUCUGGAGCUGGAUCAUUCCAGCGAGGCAGAUUUCAGGUCAUCACAGUUCCACAACAGUUGUCCUCAGGUGUUUCAGAAAGUGAACUCUCUGAGAUGUCUCCUUCCUUGGAGCUUGGAACAGAAGAAGGCUGUCCCAGAGGAAGAGAAAUGGCUACCCUCCCCAGUGCCAUGGGUGAAACAGAUGCAUGUUGCACCACCUUUGAACAGCAGGAAGUGGAAGAGACCUCUGCUACUGCAAGCCGUGUGCAGUCCUGCUCAGAGCCAUGGUCUAAAGGGGAUGUGAUCCAGAAGCAACAUAGCUCUGACAGUGAACUUUCUGCACCCAUGGGUGGAGGCAGCCUAGAAGGCUGGGAGUCAAACCAGCAGUCUCAAGAGGAAAGGGGCGGCACCCACCCAAAGAGGCGUAGUUCUCUUUUUUACUCGGCAUCUUCUCCAAUGAGUAGUGAUGAUGAAUCUGAAAUUGAAGAUGAGGACCUGAAAUUGGAGCUACAGCGUUUGCGGGAAAAGCACAUCCAGGAAGUCGUCAGCCUGCAAGCUCAACAGAACAGGGAGUUGCAGGAGCUAUAUGAACGUCUUCGCUCCAUCAAAGAUAGCAGGUCAGAAUCCUCUGACCUCUCCCUGCAACUGUCAUCCCCACGGCGGCCUAAAUCUUUCAAAAGCAAGCUGCGCAGCCGGCCACAAUCUCACUCUCAUGUCGACAAUGGCAUUGUUGCUGCUGAAUGCUGUUGUGCAACCACUGCUGCCUCUGUGAUUGACUAUCAGUUGAGCAUUCAAGCCCAUUUGCUGCAUCAAAGCUGUUCACAAGCAGAAACUAACCAAGAACAACUCUGCAUCGUGAGUAGCACUGCCUCUUGUCAGCAGACAACCAGUAAAAAAGGAAUGUUCACGGAUGAUUUGCAUAAACUGGUGGAUGACUGGACUAAAGAAAAGGUGGGAAAUUCCCUCAUCAAGCCAAGUCUCAAUCAAAUCAAACAGAACAAGCACCGGCUGGAUACUGACAGCUGGAGCAAAGUAUAUGAGACAACAACAUCUACUGUGGGCUACACCUCCACAUGGAUUUCCUCACUUUCCCAGAUCCGCGGGACUGUACCAGCUGCUUUACCCCAAGGACUUCCCCUGUCACCCUUUUCUGGCACACUAUCGCCAUAUGGAAUACCACAUUUGUGCCAGUAUAACACCAUCGCAGGAACAACUUACCCAGUGCAAUGGAUGGGCAUUUCUGGGACAACUCAACAAUCUGUCGUGGUCCCUGCCCAGACAGUGGGACCCUUUCAACCAGGGAUCAGCAUGCCAGCAUUUCCAGCAUCGCCCGUGCAAAACCCAGCUCCCAUUCCCCCAAGUCCCAAAUGAAGAUGGAUAGCAAAAAAAAAGCUAGAUAUGGGGACUGUGCCUAUCUCUCAUGACUCCAUUCCUCUGCCUUGCAUUCUGCUGCCUGGAUUUGGGGGUGAAUUCCCCAGUGCAGUGAUGUGGGAAUGGUAGGAGAUUGUCUUUGCAUUCUCCUCUUUGAAUACUUGAUUUCAUUUUCUUUAGGGAAUUUUUUUAAGUACUUGAGAGAGCUUUGGCCUGUACAUCUCUUUGUUCUUGAGAUGAACAGCAUGCCAUGUGCUGCUUAUUAAUAAGCCUUCCCUAUCAUUCCUGCCCCAUAUCCCUUGUUUGCUUUUGUGACAACUGUUUUUUGAAGUUGGUAGUAACUCUUCUUGGAUUAUAUACUUACUAGCAUUUGAAUUAAUUUACAGAAUGGAAGGGAUCAGCAGAGAAGAGUGACAUUUAUAUUUGCAUUAUUGUUAUGUUUCCAUUUAGUUUCAUUGGCAGCUCGACUACAGGCUAACUAAGGUUUUUUAAAAAAAAUUGGAUUACAGUUUGUUUAGUUGAAUUCUAUCGUAAACUCUUCCUUCCUCUGUCCCAGAGAUAGGCCUUUUGGAAGUGAAGCACUGCUGAAAGAAGAGGCGUACAGUCGCUGCCUUCUCUUUGAUUUGGGAAAGCUGUCCUGGACAAUUCAGAACUAUUUGUAGAAUGCAACUAGAUGUCCUUACACACACUAUAUUCCGUAGAUACAUUGGAAUGUUGACCUGGUUUAUUGUACCUGUGUUUGGGACUCUUUGAGGGUUUUUUUAAAGCUUAUUUUGCAGCUGAUACAAAUCUUAUAUUAUGGAAUGGGGGGGGGGAGGAGGUAGAAUUGGAAAGGGUGGGAACUGGGGCUGGGGGACUAUUGUGGGCCUUUUUUAAAACUUCUCCCAUCUUGGUCAUUUUCGUAUCAUUUGUGGUCCAUAUUCAACAUUUUUUUGGUUGUUGGAAAAUGAUUAUAAAUUGAAACAGGGUCUAGUGCACAUAGUUUUUGCAUUUAAUGGAUUGCCUUACAGCAGAUUAGUGAAAUACAGUCUCCUAGUUUAGAUGCCUAGUGUUGUUUCUCAGAUCAUUAAAGGUUUUAGUGUCUACUGAAUUUGAUUGCCAAGGUGCAAGAUUAAGCAGUCCAUCUUUAUAUUUACAAAUUAAGAAAAUUCUACAUGUAUGUAUGGCAGUAAGGAUAUGGUGCUGGAAUCCCAUUUGGUAGGCUUUCUGUUUUUCAGUUACAUCUAGUGCUGCUAAUUGGAUGUUAUGCAAAGAAAAGUCUAAAAUUUACCUGUUCAACAUCCUUAAAAGAUGUAAAAAAUUGCUAAAUAAAGAGACACCCUCCCUUGGAGGUAUAUAUCUCAUAUAAUCACUAAUUUUAUCAACUGCAUUUCAGCUGCCAUGUGAAGAUUGCUGUUAUGAUUUCACCCUGAUAGAGAAUUAGCUUAGUUUAAUAGUACAUGUUUAACUUAAUUGGCUGUGAAUUAUGAGGGAGGUUAUAAUUCACUGGAGCUAACAUUUCUUGUUUUCUCUAAUAUAUAAUCAGUUUAUCCCUUUCUUGUUGAAAAUUGUAUUCUUAUGUGGACUCAGAGGUUGCUUCCUUCGUUGCAAGUCUUUCAAGCAUUUGCUGUAAUAACAUCUAGCUCACUUUCCCCUUUAUUAAUCUGGAAUGAAAAUUGCCACACUUUAUUUUAAAUUCAGACUUAAAUUAUUGUCUUUUGGAUAUUAUAAGAUAGCUGCCAUUUUUGCAGUUGUCUGAUAUUUUUAGCAAGCGAUAGAAGGAGGCUUAAUUUCAUUAAAACCUCAAGUAGUUGAAUUUUAUCUAAAAGACCAUGUUUAAAUCUGAAAUUAAUGUACCAUUGGUUUAAUAGUAUUGUGGCCAGGAAUAUCUGGGUUGCUGGAGAUUAUUUUAUUUAAAUCAUUUUCAGACACCAGUUCCUUGUUGUCUUUUGUUUUAUAAAACAGCAUCUGUAGUCUUAGUGAUAUAUUAUAGACUAUAUUUCUCCCCUCUGCAUUCUGGACAAAGAUUCUGCUUCCAUUUAAUGCAGCCUCUUUGUUCUGCCUGCAAAGAUUUGCAGUGCCUUGUAAUGGAUAAUCUUAGUAUCUUUUCAGAUUUUUACUGGAAAGUUGAAAAAAAAAAAGUUAUAGCCUUUUGAUGCUUGAAAAGUACAUUGCUGAUUUGCAGCAGUAAAAUCAUAUAUACCUUAAAAGAAAGUUUCAGUUUGAAGAACUUAGGCAAGAACAGUGUUAUUUUUUUAAAAGACAUACAUAUGAUUUGUGGGAAAAUCAGUGGUGCAUUUCCAUGAGCAGAAACAGUUUCCACUCACAGAGCAGUUGAGAGAUGAUUAUGCCUCUUCCUACAGCCCCAUCUGUGCCUUUAUAAUCUGCUCCAUAAGGAAGAGGGGGCAUAAAGUGAGCAGACAACUGAUCACAUGACACUUGCUUCCAUCUUUUAAUUUUUUCCCCGCUUUAAAGUCUUCAAAAUAAACUGUUUGUCAGCAAUUCAUUUUGACUUACUAGGAAAGCUUAAAAUGUUGUAUCCUAGUUUGCUGUUCUGUAACUUAAUGUUCAUAAAAAUGCAAGCUGCUAGGAAGUACCCGUGAUGGUCUUAAAGGCUGAUUUAUUUAUAUUAAGCAGCCCUGGCCCACUUAGCUCUCUCAGGCACACAAAUAUAUGAAUUGUGUUUCUGUUAUGGAAAUGUGGUGUAACACUGGUGCUUUUGGGCAAUCCUGAUUAUUGAGUAAACCAUAGAGUGUACUUCAGUGUUGGAGGGAAACCAGUGUAACAAUAGUAUCAGGGUUACAUUGCUGCUGGUUUUCUGUAGAGGACAGGGUCAGUUUAAAGUGCUGUGUAUUCAUUGAAUUUCUACCUUUCUUACUUCAUAAAAUAGCCUCUCCUUGCUGCUUCUCUCUUUGAUGGAAUUUUGAAACCAGGGUAUUCCCACUUGCAAAAAGCAAUUUUGAAGAGAAAAAUUGUACACCUCUUGCCUUGCCCCUGCUGUUUCUAAUUCAAUUCCCGAUUUUCAUGUAGAACUGGCGUAACCCAUAAUCUGAUGUAGUUUGUCUCAGUUGAGAAUUACAAUAUAUAUUGAUCCUUUAUUUAGAAAAAUGUAAACAUCACGAGCACAGACAUGAGGCUUUAUUUUACUAUGUUAAAAAAAACCCCUUCAUUUAUAACAAAACAGAAAACCCCGAAAAUACCUCAUUUAGGUCAAAUUAGAUUACAUAAAAAAAUUAAAAUCCUGCUUAAACUAUUUAAAGUAUGGAGCCUGGGACUUUUUAAUAUCAGGAAAGUGUACAACUGAACAACAGUAGGCUAGGGAAAAUAAACCUUAAUUUAUGUGGAUUAACUGUCAGAUUUACAUAGCCUCUUUCCUUCUUGGGUGGAAUUCAGAAAGAACUUGGUAUUGAAAUGAAGCAGCAAUUUGGCAUAAUACCCAUUUUGCAAACAAUGAGAACAGACCUGAUUCCUAUUUCCUAUAUGUGGGUAGCAAGGGUUGAGUGAAGGCAAUGCCUCUUAAGUAAAACCUAGAUACAUAUUUUGCAUUUAGUCUUUUCUUCCCUUUGCUUUAAUUAGAAUUCUCUGAAAGAAUCCAGAGUUUUACAGUUGACAGGAGAAGGCUUUCUUUGAAGCCUUGAGGAGUUGGCAAAUCCUUAUGUGGCUUAUCUUUCUACUGAUAAGAGAAGGAAAGUGAUAUUCAUGAAGUAACUUGUUUGACAGUUUGACGCCAAAUCUAUUCAAAACAGUACUAUGAAUCUGUGAUUUCAGUUUAAGCUGGAAUUGGAUGCUAAGUGGUUGUCGCUGAUAACAACAUCCAUACUUUCUCCUGCUUAUUAUUUUCAAAAGCCUUACCAAUAUAGAAGACGUGAUCUAACAUAAUUAUAGUGUUGAGUUCCUUCAUUUCAAGUGGAAAAGCAUAAUGAGAUUGUGUUACGCUGCGGGGGUGGGGAGAGAUUGGAGUGUCAUCCUUUUAUAAAGUUUACUUCCUGUCUUCGGUGGCCAGAGUUCAGAGAACGUGACAUGGCCAAUGUGUUAACCGUGAUGUGGAUAGUAAAUUACUCUGCCCCGAAAAGUUUCAAAAUGCUUUGAUUUCAAAAACUAUGCAAACCCAGGCAAUAUUAGUAUUACUACAUCUUUAGUUUUGGGGAAAAGAUGAGAUAUGUUGGAUUGCCCCUUUCUCUGAAGCUAUGUAAAGGCACCGACAAUGGAGGAAACAUACGUAGUUAUUAUGUUUAUAUAUUUUUGAGUCUCUGCAUUUAAUGUGGAACAUUUACUGCCCAGUUUUUCUUCUCUUCCCUGUUGCUUUUUCAUUGUUUCUCUCUUUGAAGCAUGCACCCUCUUUAAAAGAAAUCAAACUGUGAAUUUGGUUUUGGGGGACGUUUUGGAAGGCACUUUUCUGCUGUGAAGAUUGAGCCUGAGCUUUGUACGAUAUGAAUGGAAUGUAUAAUUUUAAUAACUUUGUGAAUUUUUAGUAGUGUUCAAACUGAAUUGUUUUCUUUGUUGAAAUUUCAUGUUUCUUACCUACCUCAUUUGUUAGUGCUGUUUAAAUCUAGGCUGUGGCAUAAACAAUGUGUUCUACUGUUUCUGUCUGUUUAAAUUGGAUACAGUGUUUUGACACAUGCUUUUUCCUUUCAACCCCCUCCCCCUCCCUUUUUUUGUAACUUGGCACAAGAGCUCAUUCUGUUUACUGUUUUAAGGAGGAUGUUUAAUGUUCACAAAGAUUUCACGUUUAUCCAUCAACUUGAGUAUAACAUGUCAGAUGAAUAAAAAGAACAGCUCCGUGCAUUUUUUUCUAGUUAUAUUCCAACCAGUUACAGUAACAUAGCAAGGGGUGUGACCAACUGCCUCAUCCGUCUUCCAUUACCCAAGGUACCACCAUCUAAAUGGGAAAAACAAGAUUUUCUUUAGAAAAGAAUUUCUCAUGUUGAUUGCUGGGAAGGAUUGUAGAUAAAUUUCUUAGGUAUUAGCUCUUAACUGAAGUUGAUGGAUCAAUGGGAAAGAGACAAUACAGGCUGUAGGUUUAGUCUAAAAAAUUCCACUACAAAUUCCUUUUAUCUUGCUUUCUGCUAAGAAUAUUGUAUUUUCUGUUUACAUUAGCCUUAGAUCCAAGUAAGAUUUAAUGCUAAAGACAUGGGUUGCUGUUCAAUCCUUGAUACAUCCUUAUUGUUACAAUUUGUGCUGACAUUAAAGACUCACAUAAGUAUGUGUGUAAGAGGGAGAAUACCAAACAUGGAUUCAUGUCUUCGCAAAGUGUAAAGUAUUAGAUGUGUUUCACUGGCAAAGUGACUUUACACAGUGAAUUUGGGAGACAAAACAUGAAACCACAUUCAGGCAAUAAAGUCAUAUGUUCCUUUUUAAUUCUCAGACUCAAAAACAUUACUAUAAAAAUUCUACUCAUGUUUCCAGACUACAUUUUCAAGUUAAACCAGUUGAUUUAAGUAUUAAUUUUCAGUUUAUGUCCAGUUGAACAUUUCACUUUCAAAACUGAUACAGCUAAAGGAUAGAAAGACAAACUUGCUUUAGGGGAUCAAACACAUUUUUAUUAUUUUUUCUUUAAAAAAAAGGAAUUGAGAUAAUUUUGAACAGCAUAAUUAACUCUCAGAAAAAAAUACCAUAUUACAUUUGUACAGCUGUUCCCAAUAUAUACAUUAUGAUUCUACUACUAGCUUCCUUAGAAUUAAACUGCAAUGAACAAGAGUCUUAGCCUAUGUUUUUAACUAACUUCUUUGUGCACAUACAAAUGUCUCCUUCAAGUUAAUGGAACUGAGCCAAUUUAAAUUAGCAGCGGUUAUGGCAUUUAGCAUGCUGGAAGAACACCAUCAUGCUUCUUAAUAGUUUUGUUCCUUCCAUUACAAUAAUUAUAUCAUUGGACACAUUGCCUAAGUUGUCCAUGUCAUUAUUUUCUUGAUUGCUAGAGUAAUAUUGUUUGGAAAGCCAAUUCUCACAGGAAUACAGAAAGUUCUAUAUAUUUUACAACAUGGCAGAUGGUUUUUCUGUAGUGGAAUGAUCCACAUACCAAAUACUAAGCAGCCUUCAGUAAUAGGCAAUGAAUUACCGUACAAAAUACUCUGUGGAAGUCUGAAUAUGUUGUUGCCUUUUAGACCUCCAGCAGAUUCCUUGAGGCUAUCUGUCAGCAUUUUAUAAGCUAUUUUUUUCUCUCUCAUUUCAAUUGACAAAAGAUGGUAAGUGCAGGAGGGCAGCCAGUGGGAAGAAAAAUAGUAUCUUUGAGAGUUGUAGAAAUGUACAUCCAUGUUCUGUUAUACAUGAAGUUACGUACACGAACAGCUGGAUAGUAGAGCAAACAGCUAUGACUCUUACUGUCUCUUGCUCCUAGUUGCUGAGGAGUUAAUUUACUUCCAGGUAUCAGCUUCUGUUCUACCUUUUAAAGCAUCCAAAGCAGGAUGAUGUUUGUGGCUCAUUGUUAUGGUUAAUUUAGGCCACACAGUAUCCACUUACUAGUUGGUUUGGUGGCCACAUUGGAGGUUCUGUGGUUCUAAAAAUUCUAAUACAGCAAAGGACUUCUCUAUUUUAAAAAAAGUAACCUAUUUGAAGAGAGCCUGUUUGUUCCCCCUCCCCCCCUUCUUUGCUGGAAAUAACUGAGGAGCAUGUGGGCUUAAUGUAUGGCAAUAUGAUCAGGUAUAUCCUGUGAAUAAAUGUCUCCUUAGAUUUACACAUAUUGGCAAUGUUUCACUUUCAGAAAUAGGAAUUUUCUUCUCUCUUAUGUGAAUUAUAUCUUAAUGUAACAUCAUAGGACUUAUUUUCAACCCAUCAACUUGGCAUUCAAGCUGAGAUGUUUCUGACUGAACAUAGAAUGUGGGUGACCUUUUCAUUAUAACAUGGAUAAGGCAUCCCAUUCAGGUUUUUUUUUAAAGAAAACAUAGCCCUAAAUCUUUAUGGUAGAAAACGAAUGUCUUUUAUCAGCAGUUGUUUCAUGUGUUUUUUUUAAUUAUUUUUGCAAGCUGUGAGUUGACUUCAUUUGUACACAACCAUUAACAAAUAUUUUUUUAAACUGUUACAAAGGAAAAUAAAGGCUGUGUUGGGAAAAAAAA